UUUGUCAAAAUUAAAUCUUAGUGUUUCAGCAGAAUUCUGUUGUUUGUUUGGUGGUUGGAGGUGAGUGUUGAUCCACCGUCACGAUAUUAUUCACGGAAUUCAUUAAAAAUCAUAAAUUGUCAUCUUUACAAACUCAAUGUUUCAUCCAAACCGACCAAGUGAGGAUGACAGACCAAGGAGCUCAAGGAGAUAUAGAACUUCUCGUUCUAGAGACUUAGAUUAUGAAGUGAAUAGUAACGGUAACAACAGUGUGGCGAUGGACAACGAUGCGAAAGGAAGCGUAAGAGAUGCAAUGAAGACACCGCAAAGAAACACAACUUCAGCUAAUAGAAGUCCUUUGCCACGCCGUAAAUCAACCUUAAUUGAAACCAUGACAGCAAAUUUUGAAAGAAAAAAUACCGAAAUUGUUGUGACUUCAGCCCCUGUGAAAGUUCGAUCCAAUCAAAAUGGAGACGUGAAGCAAAGUGAGCCACCUGUUCAAACAGAACAAACUGAUACAUCUACUUCUCCACAAGAGAAAAAAUCAGGUCCAAGUGCAAGACGGGGAAAACAGCAAAGAGAAAAAAGAAUGUUACGUCAAAAACGAAGAAGUACCGGUGUUGUUUCUUUAAAGGAUAUUCAAAAUGAAGCAGAUAACUCGGGUGAUGUGGAAAAGCAAAAGGUGAAUGCUGAUGAAACAGAAACGGUUAAAAACACACAAAGCAAUGAGUUUUCCCCUCCAAGUGAUUCAACAGUGUCAAGGUUCAAUUUGAAUGUAUCUGACUUACAGCUACAUGGUAGUGGUGUUGAUACAAAGAAUGAACAUGGCUGUUCCAGGUGUCAAAGUGAAAAUGAAGCCAGCAAAGCAAUUGGCUCCAAGAAUUCUGAGAUUAAAACUUUGCAACGAAAACUGGAAGAUGCAGAGUUUACAAUCGCUAAGCUUCGCAAAGAGUUGAAAACAAUGGAUAAUGAGAUGCAUCAGUUGGAAAAUGAAAACCAACAAUUAAAAAAGGAUAACAAGAUGCUAGAUGAUGAGAACAAGACCAUGUUAAGAUUAAUUCGCCGUCCAUGAGAACACAAGUAGUUUACAUCUGCUAUCUUGUGCAAUAAAACUUAGACGCUACAACUAAAAUUACAGUAAACCCAAUCAUCCAUGUUUUAUUGUUUAACAGCCCAACAUUUUAGUUUCAUCAUUAUUAAAUAAUCUCAUUUUAUUACACAUAAGUUUCCUGUUGUAUUCGUGCACUAUUUUGCCAAUUAUUUUUACAUUCUAACAGCUGUAUAUUUUAUUAUUGUUUUUACAAUAGCCGUUGCACUUGUGCUGCCAGUAGUCAUGCUUCGCUGCCAAACUGUUUAUGGCUGCAUUAUAUGGGCAUGACAAUUUUGUAAUUUUUUUAAAUUUACAUGUAUUGUUUGUUUUUUAAUUACAAAUUGUUUAUUAAUGUAAACAGGGCAUGCAUGACAAUGGUAUUUUUUUUAUUGGCACUUUUUAUUCUAAACAGGUGGUAACAGUAAACGUAAGUAUUUUUAUUACCUUAUUAUAAAAGUAUUUCCGCCCAUACAUUGUUAAUACAUUUGAAAUUUGACAAAC